UGGAUAGUUCAAGGCGGCCCAUGCAGCGGUAGACUUGGUGUGAUUUCUUCGUAAUUACUUACUAUUCGAAACUUCUCAAGCUCUGAAAAUAUGAAUUCCUUACGUUUGGUAUUUCGUCAGAAUUUGCGGCAGUUACGGCAGUUUCACAAAUGUGCUACAACUCAACAAACAGCAACAUCGGCUCAACCAGUUGAGCCACUGACCAUUCCGGUUCCUGAGGGCGUAGACAAGCCUGUGAGCGAUAAAAUUGACAAAAUAGCUAAAGACAUAACGGCUUUGAAUCUUAUCGAGGUUGCAGAACUCAGCGAUGUACUCAAAAAAAGGCUGAACCUUCCUGACGCACCCAUCAUGCCUAUUGGUGGAUUUGCUGUUGGACCUGCUGCUGGAGCUGAAGACGCCGAAGAGGGGCUCGCCAAAAAGAAAGUACAAACUGAAUUCACAGUAAAACUUAUGAAGUUCGAUGAAAAACAGAAGGUGGCACUAAUCAAAGAAUGCAAAAAUUUGUUGGAAGGGAUGAAUCUUGUUCAGGCAAAGAAGUUUGUGGAAAGUGCCCCAACAGUUGUCAAAAGUGAUAUUCCAAAGGAUGAAGCAGAGAAGAUCAAAGAAGCACUGGCCAAAGUUGGUGCUGUAAUUGAAAUUGAAUAAAUCGUUGAGUAAAACGAAACCAAACACAGGACACAAUUUGUAAUUUGCAAUCUAGACUUUUAGUAAUAAAUGUACAUUAAACUAAUUCAGUGUA